AUCAGACAAAGAUCUGUGCUUGUGUCGUAAUGUUCAUGUGAUCCAGGAGUUUAAGGCAGUUCUGAGCAACCAGAAGAUUGAUCUCAAGGCUUUGCGUGAGCUCUGCUUCAGCGGGGUCCCGUGUGAAGGAGGCAUCCGCGCGCUCUGCUGGAAGAUCCUGCUGAAUUACCUGCCGCUGGAUCAGGCGUUAUGGGAGGCGUUCCUGAAGAAACAGAGGGAUCUGUACGCUCAGUUUUUGCGAGAGAUGAUCAUCCAGCCGGGAAUCGCCAAGGCAAACCUGGGAGUGUCUCGAGACGUGACGCUGGAGGAUCACCCUCUGAAUCCGAACCCGGACAGUCGGUGGAACACCUACUUCAAAGACAACGAAGUUCUGCUGCAGAUCGAUAAAGACGUCAGACGGCUGUACCCAGACAUGGCAUUCUUCCAGCGGCCCACAGACUUCCCCUGCCAGCUCAUCCUGGACCCAGAGAACGCGUACGAGACGUUACGGAAACGCGUGGAGCAGACGACUCUCAAAGCCCAGACGGUGAACCGGAACCGCAGCGGCGUCACUAACUGCUGCGAUGGACAGACGCAGGUGAGUUCUCCGGGGAAGGCGUUAAACCUGUAUCCCUCUAACGAGUAUGAGGUGUUACCGAACGGCUGUGAAGCGCACUGGGAAGUGGUCGAGCGGAUUCUCUUCGUCUACGCUAAACUCAACCCAGGCAUCGCUUACGUUCAGGGCAUGAAUGAGAUCGUGGGUCCCAUUUACUACACCUUCGCCACAGACCCCAGCAGCCAGUGGAAGGAGCAUGCGGAGGCUGACACGUUCUUCUGCUUCACCAGCCUGAUGUCCGAGAACAGAGAUAACUUCAUCAAAAGCCUGGACGACUCUCAGUGCGGCAUCACCUUCAAGAUGGAGAGCGUCUUCUCCAAACUCAAGGAGAAGGACACGGAGCUGUACCUGAAGCUGCAAGAGCAGAACAUCAAGCCGCAGUACUUCACCUUCCGCUGGCUGACGCUGCUGCUCUCUCAGGAGUUCCUGCUUCCAGACGUCAUCCGGAUCUGGGAUUCGCUCUUCUCGGAUCAGGAGCGGUUCGAGUUCCUCAUCCCUGUGUGCUGCGCCAUGCUCACACUGAUUAGAGAUCAGUUACUGGCUGGAGACUUUACAACUAACAUGAGAUUACUGCAGGAUUAUCCCAUCUCUGAUGUUCAUGCCAUCCUCAUUAAAGCGAAAGAACUGCAGGAUGAUUUGUAGCUGCCACGCCCCCUUAGGCUCCGCCUCCAGCCUGAUUAUUGACAGCAGUGCCGCCCAUCUCACCCGGGUGGGAUCCAGCGUUUGCCUUUGUGUGAUUGAGCGUUUGGUCUUACUGUCCCUCAGUCCUGCAGAUGGAUGGAGUGAACUGAAGCUUGAUUCAGUGCUGUUCUGGAGAAUCGCUCGAUUAUUGAUGCACAUGGAUUCAUUCAGGAACAGCAUGAACUCUUUGAUUCUCUCCAGAAGCGGCUCAACACUACAGACUGACCUCAGAUCAGCUACUGCAGCGUGUCUGAGUCUCUCGUUCAUCUACAGAUCUGACGGCUUUAUCGUCCCGUCAGCGACGUCAUCAAUCUGCACUAAUAAUCUGCAUUAAUUGCUCUUCAUGCGUUUCUUCACACUGAUAACCGAGCGCUCGUGUUUCUCUGGGGGAGAAUCGUUUACGAUUGUUUAAUCGUUAGUGUUUUUAUAAAUGCUGCAGUUCAUUUUUUAAUGUCAUGUUUUUGUAUUUUAAAGCUCAGAGGAUGUUGGGGAAUGAAGGAUCUUCUUUUAAUCGGGGAUUGUCAGGCCACACGUGUCUUUCUGUGACUGUGUUCGUUCAUUAUGUACUUUUGAAAACCAUCGUUUUUCUUUUGCAUGUGCAGAUGUUUUUGUAUGAACACAUCUAUAGUUCUUGCUGUUGUAUAUCAAUGUUUUUACAGUGCUUGCGGAUGCACAAUAAAAAAUUCAACC